AUGGCCACCGACGUAGCCGAACGCGACCCCUUCCAAACCUUCCUGCCGAUCUCCCCCGCCCAAAUCGCCGCCACCCUCAGGGACGGCAUCCGCUGGGCCAAUCUUCCCGACGACGCGGACCUGGAGGCAUUCACGACCCGGCUCGGCGCCGACCCGCCGGGUGCCGAUCGGAGCGAGACGAUCAAUCGGAUCUGCGGCGCGCUGGCCGCGGCCGUGCCCCGAGAAUGGAGGAUAGUGGAUCUGGAGGGGGGUGUCGCGGUGGCGGGGGCGCGGGGCGUUGUGGUGAGGGAUUCCGCGAAGGGGGAGGAUGUGGCGUACGCAAUUGGGGGCUACGGGAUGGAGGCGGAGGCGCCGCGUGUGGACCCGAGUUAUGUGGACAGCCAGGAGGAGCAGGAGGACUGCUCCCGGGUGUUGCGCCCCAAGGUAUUUACAGUCAGGCGUGAGGUGUGCCAGCUGGCCAUUGAUGGUGACAAUCUCCAUGCGCAAGCUGUGGGCCUGCUGCCGCAAGGGCUGCGGGGCCAUUCCAUUGUUGCAUGUGAUGGUCAAGCAUGGAUAUUUGGAGGAAAGGGGGAAGAUGGUCUUUCUGGCGUGAUGUACAGGCUCGACCACCGGACUCGGUAUCCGGUCGCCGUGGCCCCAAGGACCCCGCCGCCCUCCCCCCGCGCCUUCCACGCGUCCGCCGCCAGCGACGCCUCGCGCGUCGUGUACGUCUACGGCGGCCUGGACGCCUUCGGCAAUCCUGCCGACGCCCGCCCGACGCUCCACAAGUACAACACCCGCCUGAGCCAGUGGGGCUCCGUGGAGUGUGUCGGACGCUGCCCGCCGCCGGCGUCAAUCCUGGCCCUGUUCCACCUCGAUCGGCGCCUGGUGGCGAUCGUCAAUCCCUCGUCGCCGGGGCGCCGGAGCGUGGAAUUGAUGGCCCUGGAUUUGAAGUCGUGCGAGUGGGAGAGGGUGGAAGCGGAGGGGAAUGCGCCGGAGAAGAGGAGUGUGGCGGCAGUGGCCCCGCUGGAGGGAGGCUACGCGGUCGUCUACGGUGGUUGUGGCGCCGGCGGGGGGCCGCUGCGGGACGUGCACCUGCUGGACCUGGAGGCCGUGAGGUGGGUGGCGGUUGUGCCGGCAGGUGGCAGCCCAGAGGCGUUGCUCCAUGCAGCCGCGGUGCCAAUGAAGGAGGGAGUGCUGUUGUACGGAGGUGUGAGGGCAGUGGGGGAACAUCCCAAGGCACGUGCACAGCUGCUCUGCAUGGGGGUGCCGCAGUUGGCAGGGAAGGGGAAAGGAGCAGCAGAUGGCUCUGCUGCUACUCUACCAAAGCAGCUGCACGCCUUGGGAGCAAAUCGUGCAACAGGGCAGCACAUAUUGGCAGCUCAGCACUGCAGGUUGAUGCUGGCCUCCUGUGCCAAGUCCCUGGGUUGGGGUGUCGUGGCCUUCAAAACGGAGAAGUCACGUGUGGUGGUGCCUGCGGGCGUUCUGGGGCUGUACACCGAGCUCUUUGAUGAUGUCUUCCUUGAGGCCCUGAGGUCGCAGCCAGAGGUGGAGGUGUCAGCGUCGGGUGUGCCUCCAGCUGCCCUCGCCGGCCUCCUGAGAUGGACGAUGGGCCUGGUGGGCGUGCAGGGUAUGCAGGCGCCAAUCCUGGCAGACAUCUUUAGGGCAGCGGACAGGUUCAGCAUGCCUUGGCUGCAACGGGAAUGCCUCCAGGCGCUGAAAGAACUGCCGCCACAUGAGUCCGCCGGCCCGCUACUGGAUCUGGCGGAAGACCUGCCACACUGUGAGGGGUUGGCGAAGCAUGUUAAGCAAAACGUCAGGCCGCGCCUCAGGAAGUAUCUGAAGCCAGAGACGUCAGUGGCGAUGGCAAGGGUCAUCUGGAAGCUCAAGCUGAAGGAUCUGAAGGCUGCUGCUAUGAAUGCACUGGAGGUCUGGGGCAAUAGCCAUCCAGUGGACGUGUUGGUGGUGUGCUACGACUUGGGCCUUCAUAAGCUCAAAUCGAAAUUUCUGAAUAUGGCAGCAUGCAGCAAGUGCCCAGACACAGCUACGCUGCGAGAAGUUGUUCGGGUUGCCAAGUCCUUCGAAUGCCCCGAUGCGCUGAAAAUGGCAAAGGACUGGACAUGCCAGAUGCUGUGCAAGGCCUCCUUGCGGGAACUGCUCAUUGUGGCAGCAACCUCUGGGAUCCGAGACCUCAUGCGAACUGUGGCUGAGUGGUGGGUGGGGGCGAGCGCGCCAGAGGAGCUACUGGAGGAGGGCAACUUUUGGCACUCCUGCUCAGCUGAAUGCGCCUCGACCAUGCAGAAGGCAAUGCUGCAGGCUGUUGAGGAUACAAGGGUGUCAAUUCGACGGGAGACCGAAUGGCACGAGGCUAGGGCCCGCAGCCUUAGAGCCGACCUCAGAGCUGGUGACGAGCUCCGAGCUCCCUAUGGCACACCUUGCCUGGGCAUGAACAAUGGCAAUGAAAGCCGUCAUGACCACAACUGCUUUGAACAUGACGAUGGGCGGAGCGCCAAGCGACAGUGUGUUGCCAGUUCGAUGCAACAGGCAGACAUUUUGGCAGCGGUGACUGAUUCUGUAGCAGGCUCGCCAUCCACGGAUGCGGACACCCCCGUGGAAGCCAUCAGAGCGGCUCUGCGGUGCUGUCAAGAAGACAUCGCACAGCGCAACAUGCAGAAAAAGAUGUGCGAAGCCCUGGCGCAGCGCACAAAUGCUUUGUGGAAGGCAAGGCCAGAGUCCGAUCGAGACAGGUGCCCAACAUGA